AUGUUUCGCCAAUUCCCACUCCUGUUCGGCAUCUGUUUGAUGGCUGCGCUGGAGCGCACCACUGCCAUCGAUGUUACCAAGGACCCGGACUUGAUUGCGAAGCUGAAAAGUGCUGCCAGCCAGCUGGACCGUCUUCAGUACAUCUCAGAGGAUGCCAACUGGGUCUUCGACUACAAGGAGCAAGGCUACUUCUGGAACACCAGACCCGGCGGUGUGGUCAACGCCAACGUGAACACCUUCCCUGCCGCCUUUGGCAAUGAGAUGACCAUGGCUUGGAUCAAUCUUGGGGCAUGUGCUAUGUUGACUCCUCAUUUCCACGCGCGAGCAGUGAACUGGGUCACCGCCGUCUCGGGUAACACCACUACCUACAUGUAUGAGGAGAACGGUGCCCAUACUAUCAAGACACAACUCGACUUUGGGAAGGCAACUGUCUUUCCUAGAGGGAGCGUUCACUACAUGGUAAAUCAAGCUUGCGAGGAUGCGAUUCUCAUCUCUGCCUUGAGUAACGCGGACGCGGGUACGACCAACCUCAACCAAGUCUUCAACAUCGGAAUACCAUUCGACGAACUGAAGGCGGCGUUCGGAUUCGAUGUCAACAACAGCACCAGCAAUAACAUCCCUGACAUCGGCACUGGGGCAAAUUGGGGCACUGAAGAAUGCCUUGCUCGAUGUGGAAUCACCAAGGAUGAUAGCCCGCCGCCACCGUCGUUUAACGGCAGUGCAGCCAACAUUCGAAGACCUUAA